AAAGAACAUCCAUGACAACUAAAUCUUUUCCUUUUUUUUCAUUAACCCUCUAUUAUUCUAAUGCAAUUAUAUACUUACGCUAGUCUUUUGUUGGCUUCAGUUGCUUUGAUUCAAGCUGCUCCUGUUGCUGAUCAACAUCUUUCUUUCCCCUUGGAAGCUAAUCCUCAUUAUGUCAAAAAUGCUACCAGAUCUCUUCUCAAAGCUCAAGCCAAGUAUGCUCGUUUCUCUGUCUCUGCUCAAUCCUCAGCUGGUACAGUACCCAUGACUGAUUAUGGAAAUGAUGUUGAAUAUUAUGGUACAGUUGAAUUUGGUACCCCUCCUCAAAAACUUCAAUUGGAUUUUGACACUGGUAGUAGUGAUUUAUGGAUUGCUUCUACUUUAUGUUCGGGUUGUAGCUCAAGACAACACAAAUACGACCCCAGCAAGUCUAGCACUUACAAAAAAGAAGGCAAACCCUGGAAGAUUAGUUAUGGUGACGGUUCACACGCCAAUGGUGUUACUGGUAUUGAUACUGUUACUCUUGGUGGUUUGGCCAUCAAGAACCAACGUAUUGAAUUGGCUCAACAAGAAUCCAGCUCUUUCGCUCAAGGUCCUAACGAUGGUUUACUUGGUCUUGGUUUCAACACAAUUGCCUCUGUUCCAAAUACCAAGACUCCUGUGGAUAACUUGAUUGCUCAAAAUCUCAUUUCCAAACCUAUCUUUGGUGUCUACCUUGGCAAAAAAUCUACUGGUGGUGGUGGUGAAUAUGUCUUUGGUGGUAUCAACAAUGAUCAUGUUGGAGGCAAGUUUACCACUGUUAAUGUGGAUCCCUCUCAAGGUUUUUGGUCCAUCAAGGUGGAUGGUUUUAGUGUUGGAUCCGGUCCUUCCAGAAAUCCCUUCAAUGCUAUCGUCGAUACUGGUACCACUUUGAUUUUGUUGGAAGACAGUGUUGCUCAAGCUCUCGGUCAAGCAUAUGGUGGUCAACAAAACAGUGAUGGCACUUUCACUAUUCCAUGCUCAACUCCCAAGGAUUUGACUUUCAGUAUUGCUGGUACCAAGUUUGUUGUUCCUGGCAAGGAUAUUAUUUUCCAAAAUGAAGGCAGUACUUGUUAUGCUGGAUUUGCAUCGGCUGGUUCCAUUCCUUUUGCUAUCUUGGGUGAUGUCUUCUUGAAGAAUGUCUAUACUGUGUUUGAACAAUCUAGUUCUCCUACCGUUCAAUUUGCUCCUGUCAAAUAAUUUAUUUUUAAUAUCCCAUUUACUUGAUUCAAUCGUGCUUGAUGUACCUUGUAUCUACCUAGUAUUUUUUUUUUAUCUUAUUCUUCUUCAAUAAAGGCAAAGAAAUACAUUAUUGUUUA